AUGGGUAGAACAGCUACAGCCCAAACAGCGGGAAAGAAUCCGGGCCAGUUUCCGCUGGCAUCGGAAAUGGACGCCUCCAAGGACUCCCAAAUUCUGGUACUACACAGGACCUUCAAUGUUUUCCAUAACUUCGCGACAACCUUUGCCGCGCUCUACUUCAUCGGCUCCGUCCGAGUCACCUUCUCCAUCGGCAUCGCGUCAGGAGGAAACCUCGCCUACUGGACAAGGUACCUAGUAACCUGCAUCUUCACCUUCAUAACCGCGGCGGUCAUCGCCGAAAUCUGCUCAUCCCUCCCUCUCGCUGGGUCCAUCUAUCUGUGGGCAGCCGAAGCCGGCGGUCCACGGUAUGGAAGGCUCUUCGGUUUCAUCGUUGCGUGGUGGAGUACCACAGCCUGGACGACGUUCUGCGCGAGCAACACGCAGUCGACCGUCAACUACAUCCUCUCCGAAAUCGUCGUCUUCAACAUCGACUUCCCCUCCGACACAUCCAGCCUCAAGUUCCGCGCCGUCCAAUGGGCAGCGACCGAAGUCAUGCUCGCCGCCGCGGUCCUCUUCAACUUCCUACCCCCCCGAUACUUCAAGUGGAUUUUCUACCUGUCCACCACCCUGGUUCUCCUCGACUUCGUCCUGAACAUGGUCUGGCUCCCGAUAGCCACCAAACAAACAUACGGGUUCCGGUCCCCGCGCGAGGCCUUCCUGACCACGUAUAACGGCACCGGCGCGCCGCCUGUCUGGAACUGGUGUCUGUCGUACCUCGCCACCGCGGGGAGUAUCAUCGGCUUCGACGCCUCCGGGCACGUCGCGGAGGAAACGAAGAAUGCUAGCGUGGCGGCGGCGAGGGGCAUCUUCUGGAGUACGGUUGCUAGCGGCGUCGGUGGGAUGACUGUCAUCAUCUUGUUUCUGUUCUGCGUGCCCGGCCCGGAAACACUCUUCUCCUUCGGCGGGACGCAAACCUUCGUGCCGCUAUACGCAGCGAUUCUCGGUCAAAGGGCGCACAUAGUAAUGAACAUCAUCUGUGUAGUAGCUCUCUGGUUUAACACAGCAAUCGCGAUCCUCGCCGCCUCACGCCUCAUCUUCGCCGUAGCCCGCGACGGCGUCCUCCCCUACUCCGCCUGGGUCUCCACCGUCGUCAACGGCCAACCGCGCAACGCCGUCAUCGUGGUCUGGAUCGUCGCCUCCGUGGUCACAUGCAGCAUCCUCCCCUCCGCGGUGGCCUUCACCUCGCUCGUCUCCGCGGCCAGCGUGCCCUCGGCCGCCGCGUACGGGCUGAUCUGCCUGGGCCGUCUGUUCCUCACGCCCAAGGACUUCCCCGAGCCCGCCUGGAGUCUGGGACGCUGGAGCAGGCCGUCCCAGGUGGUCUCGGUGUUCUGGAACGCGUGGGUCGUCGCGGUGCUGUAUUCACCCUAUGAGUUCCCGGUGGGGCUGCAGACGUUCAAUUAUGCGCCGGUCAUUAUGGUUGUGGUUACGGUGUUUGCGGUUGUUUCGUGGUGGGUGUUUCCGGUUGAUAGUUGGUUGCCUUCGAGAAGGACUGGGCAGAUGUCGAGUACCACGGAAGGCCUGCUUGAUGAGUAG